AUGACGGCGGCGGGCCGUGAGCAGGAGCGGGACCGGACGCGCUUCGUCUACGUGACUCGCUUCGGCUCGCACCAAUGCGGCGCCGUCCUUCAGCUGGGCGGCCGCCGGGCUCAGGGUCUGUGUAGGCCCGGGCUCGGGGCCGGCCGCAGCCGGGAGGAGCCGCAGGCGGCUGUGCCGGGGGCCGCUGGCGGCGGGGAGCUGUGCCCCGGCUCCCCGCCCAGGGCCCCCGCGGCCUCCUCUCCGGCGCGGGCGUCGAGCUCGCGGAGCCGGCCUCGGCAGGAGGCACAUGCAGGUGGCGCGAAGGGCCGGGCGGGCGGGCGGGGACUCGGGAGGGGGCCCCCGGCCUGUGGAGGGUGCCGGCUGGUCAGCCCGCCUUUCCGUCCUCCUCGGCAGCCGUCCUGCCUGGGGUCCGAGUCUCAGGGCGGUCGGCUUCUCAGCUCGCGGCCUCCCUGUCAGCUUCCGGUCAGCCUCCCUCCCGGUUUAACCCAGAAGAAUUUAGCUAAAAAGUUUGACUUCCCCAUACCUUUGAAUGAAGCUUCCAAAAUAGUGAAGAAAAAGAAAAAGGUUUCAGUAUGGAAUGGAGUGUACAAAGUCAUUUCUAAAAUGCUUGAAGAAAAUGAAAAAUACAGACUUAGGCUGAAAUUAUGUAGUGAAAAUUCAAAUUACACAAAAUGAAUCUUCUUGUCAUCUUCUGGGUUAACCUAUUUUUGGAUCUGUUUACCAAAGAAGAUUAUGAAGAGUUUAAAGAUGGAACUUUAAACUGAAUCAUAAUUAUAUGUUAAUUUUGAUGUGUUUUGUUGGAAUUGGG